AUGCCUUUUAAAUUCAGGGCCUUCUGCAACAUGCUGGUGAUGCUGCUCACCACUGCUCUCAUCUUCUUUGCCAGCUGGCAUAUUGUAGGAUCUGGUAAGUUGAGGACUGAUUACAAGAACACCUUGAAUGUUCUUCCAGUACAAUACCUUGAAUCUCUUGUAUUUCCAGAAAACUUUAUCCAGGUUUUCUUCUGUGUCGUGCUUCUUUGUGCACCUUGUGCAAGGUGGCUUAUCCUGGGUCUCAAUAUGCCCCCUUUGGCAUAUUGUAUUUGGAGGUGUAUGAAUUGACCAGUCAUGAGUAGACCAGAUCAUGACCCCAUGACCAUCAUGAAUGUAGAUAUUCUGGUGUAUUGUCAGAAAGAAGGAUGGUGCAAUUUGCUUUUUUAUCUUCUAGGUUUUUUUUUUUUGAACUACCCAAGCAGUAUGAUCUACAUUUUGAUGAGCUCUUAG